AUGACGUCAUUCCCACAGUUCGCCAGUCUCCCGCUCGAGCUGCAGAGAGAGGUGUGGCAAGCCAGCCUGGACGAGGCCCCAGAGCCAGGCGUCCACAUCUUCAGGACAGAGGACCCCAACAAUGGCGACCCAGCCUCCAUCACCAUCGACCUCAGCUGGAACACUCUGAUGCAUGUGUGCCGCGAGUCCCGCCGCAUGGCCCGCAGGCAGCUCAAGUUCCGCCACGUUGACGGGGCAGGGGCCUGCUUGGACCCAUACCGGGACUUCGACCCGGAGCUGGACGCCAUUUACAUAUCGAGCCGGGACUGGCCGUCCUUCUUCUGUUCAGACUCUCUCGCCGCCUGGAGACGACCGCCCGCGAGCGUGCGUCAUCUGGCCCUGGACGCCCGGAUGCUGGGGUCCGGUCUGGACGGCGCGAUCACCUUCAUCCACUGCCUCGGAGCCCUGAGCGGGCUGCGGACUGUCUCCGUGGUGUUUUCGGAGGAGGGCUGGGUCCCGAGGGAUCACGUCCCUUCCGGUGACCUGCCGUACAUGCUUGUGGACUGCGCUCCGGGGGCUGUGGUCUGGCACGCCCCGCCUGGUCGGGUUAAGAGGCAGGACAUGGACCCUUGGGAGAUUGCCAAGACGUUCCGGAAAGAUAUCACUGGAUAUGUUCAUGGGCAAGGUUCUGUCGCGGAGAUACAUAAUUGGGAUCGUGCGCCGUAUGACAACGAGACGGGGGAGUUCCUCUUUGAUGUCAUCCCACGGAGGAUCGUGCCUAGGCGCGAGGCCGCACGGCCUGGGUUUGAAGGCGAGGGCAUGGUCUGCGAGGUCUGA